AUGAAUGAGAUUCUUAUCUCCCAUGCAUUCGGUGAUGCCGGCAGUCCAUAUUUCGUGGGUGUGAUAUCGGAAGCGAUCAAACGAGUAAUUCAUCUGGCCGAAAAUUCUACCACCGGGCUGCUCCAGUCCGUACCGGAUGAUGAUCCACCGCUGAUCAAGUUCCGUGCCCUGCAGUACGCAUUAUUUAGCACCUGCUUCGUGGAGAUCCUUGGGGGUGUGUUCUUCCUGAUUACAGCGAUAUACAUCGAUCGGGAUAGGGCACGGGUAGAGGCUGUUGUACUAGGCUGUCAGCUAGAGCUAAGCGAAAGUUCCGCAUCCGACGGUAAUGGUACGGACGAUGGACAACGUUCACCCAUCGGUCCCGGUACGAGCGGAACCAAUGCAUUCUCGGCAUCGCCCGUGGCCGCUUUCUAACGGCGGGAACAGACGAGUGAAGUUAUCUAAUUGGUGGUGUCCUUCGGUUCGUAACGUCCACUCGCUGCCCAUCCUUUCCCUGAGUUCCGCUCAUGUCCCCAUGCAACUUAUCUGUGAUCCAUGACCCACCAGCUUGACCCAACAGCCACAGAAGUAACGUUACGAAUCGAAGACUGAUCGAUGGUGGUCGCGGUUGAAGAGAAGUCCAAUUCAAACACUUUGUACGUCAACUUUCAACUUCAACGUUCAACUUUCAACAUUCAGACAGUUAUUACAGCGCCUACUAGAUUUCCAACCUCCUGAUUUUCUCGAAGCUCCUGUUAAUGUGUUACAACAUAUUGCAAGGGCGUGUGAGUGUUUAGCGUGAAUGUGCAACCGGUUAGGUCCUACAGUAUUGUAAUGAAAUUAAAAUAGUGGACGCGCAGAAGAACAUAAAUCGCCAGUACGCUAUUCGGUGGGAGUUUCUAGGUGGGGCGGGUUAUACGAAAGCAAUAGUCUGUGAAAACAAAUGAUGGGGGCCAUUUAUUGCUGGAAAAGUUUUCUAACGAUGCAAUGUUUUAGGAUAAGGGGUGACGUCCAUUUCGGCUGUUGGUGAUGAUUAUUCAAAUUGAAAGUGUUCGAAAGGGAAAAGCAACGCAAAGCAAACGUUUUAAGCGUUAAAUUUGACUGAAAAUCAGAAUAAGGAAUAAUACGUACGUGUGAUAAAGGUGCUAAAAUGGCUCUAAACCAUUUACAGGCGUGAACUAUCGUUAAUUAUUGGGAAACGUUAAUUUUUCUAGGAUACAGAGGAAUGGCAGAUAUACAUUGAAAAAACAAAAAGAAGACAACAAACAAACAUUAUUUAUUAUUAGAUUCUCGUUAGCCGUUAAUGGAUUAUUGUGGUUUUAUUUAAUUUUUAAGGUAAUUCACUGUUUUGAAAAUUGCGUCAACACUGAACGGUCUAAAAAAUCGUGCAAGAGGAUUUGUUAUUUUUUAAUAUAUUUAUGUUUUAUUUUUGUAACGAAAGAUCACGAUCAUGUGGGGUUUAUAUUGGGUGGGGUUAUUAGUCAAUAAAACUUGUAUUAUUAAAAACGUAAAGAUAAUAAAAUAACUAACUGACAACGGAUUGUAAUAACCACCCUGUAA